CUAAUUUCUCGUAUGGUAGCAUAGUUUAGCGAUACACAAUAGCGACAAUUUUCUCUAUCCAGCAAUGAACGAAAAUGCGGACAUUCACGGUUACCUUCAGCAGGCGGGCUGCUGCCGAAUUUGCUGCUUGCGUUUUCUUAAGGGCCGGUUGGAUGAUUUCGUGGACGUUGAAGAAGCUCUAAAGAAGGUAAGUUUUAAAUCAAAUGUUCUUUCGGAAAUCAAAGGAAACCACUUUUAUUUAAUACAGAGGGAUAUUCCGAACGGCGGCGUUACGGACGUGAAAGAAAAUGCUUCGAAAAAAUUCCGAGCAAACAUCUGCGUUGCCUGUCUGGGUUUGCUGGAUGGACGUCUGAUGGAAACCCUGCUGGAGCAGAUUGUCACAAAGGAAGCGCUGCGCCAAUACGACUGCCAGGGGUUUACCAGUUCGGUGUCGCUGCCGAUUGCGUUGCACCUGCGGCAAUUGUCGCUUUGGUUGGCCGUUUUGGAACGGUUUCCCGAUCGGUUCAAUAAGACAGCUUUCCCGGACGUAACCGUGAAGGAUGCCUUCAAAAUGAUUCUCAACCAAAAGCUGGAAUUGGCGCUGGAUAAGAAAUUUUCCGUUAAUGGAGUGAUGGUUAACGUUAAUUUUAAGUAUGCUAACGAAGAAGCGGAAUUGCAGCUGCUGGAAAAGAUAAAACCGGAGGUUUUUGUUGAUCGAAAAGCUAAGAAGCACUGCAAGAAAGAUUUCAUAACGCGGAACGCGUUUGAGAAACAUUUUACACCGGCCAGUGUAAGUGCCGAACUGUUUCGCAAGUACAUUGCCAUUCCGCCGGUGGUACAGGCGGAAGGGUUAGUCCUGGAGCAGGUAAGCUUCACUGGGCCGACCGUUUUUCUGGCCGGCAGGUACAACAAGCUAUCGCGAGAGCUCAGUCAAACACCUUGGGUUAUCGAUGGGAAACGGAAGAUGGCCAACAGUGUGCAGGAAAUUAUGACGGCUGUCGUGGCGCCCUGGUUUGGAGUGCCACCGGAUGGGUUAAUAUUUUCUUCCAGUGGUCGGGAGGAUGUGGACGUGCGCUGCCUGGGAGAGGGUAGACCUUUUGUGCUGGAGAUUCCCGGUGCGUUUAAGGACUAUCUGACAGAGGAGAGGGCUGCUGAUAUGGAGAAGGCAAUUGAUGAGACUUUGCAGAUAUCUGUCAAAGACCUUCAGCUGGUGGAACGGGAAGAGUUGGUUCACAUCAAACAGGGCGAGGAAGACAAAAAGAAAUUCUACAGAGCUCUUUGUGUACUGAAGAAACCAGUAACGAAUGAAGUUGUCGAUGCCUUGAACAUUAAUGAACCUUUCGUGAUUGAACAGUGGACUCCGUUGCGGGUUCUUCACCGAAGACCUUUGCUGUCGCGAUCUCGGACUGUGUACAGCGUCAAAGCAUUUGCCAGCACAAAGAAUGACUGCGCCCUAGUCGUAGAUGUCGUGACCCAGGCUGGUACCUACAUCAAGGAACUGGUACACAGUGACUUCGGACGAACAAGCCCUAGCUUCAAGAGUAUCAUCGGACAGGAAAUUGAUAUUCAUGCAUUGGACGUGAUGGCCGUCUAUUUGGAUUGGCCAAAGCGGUUGAGGCGGUGAUUCAAUAAAUCAUGCCGGUAUCCUACGUAAGUUGAAAUAUUUUUUUUACAAUAUUUACAGUUUUAUUGAAAAUUUUCGAA